GCACUGCGGUAAUGUAUAAACUGUGAAGUGAAGACGGAUUGUUACCUACUUCGUUCGUUAUUUUAACCACACCACAUGUUGUAUUCUAAUCUAUUUUAUUUUGCAAUAUUGUUCAAAUAAUUUAUGCGUUAUCCUUUUUAACGCUUAAUUGAAGAAUAAAACAUAGAAUUAGUUCUUGAUAACUUUUAAAACGUCAUUAACGUCAACGUCAUUCAUUCUUUUUUUUAUUGCUAGUGCUAGCUUUUGUUUGUCAAAUCAAGUUUCUCGACGAUGUGAAAACGAAUUGUUAUGAAUUUUAAAAUUGCUUUGAAAAUAAAUCAUGUUUAUUCGUAUAUUUCUGUGCAUUAAAUCAAGUAUUUUAGAUCUAUAUAUUUGAAACAGUAACAUGAUGGAUAUUGUAAACGAAGGCGAGAAUGUAGGCUUUACUGAAGCUAAUAAGAUUGAAUGCCGCGCUUGUCUUCAAAUAUUCGAUGUCGAUGUUGAAAAAUGUUUAUUCAAUCUAUUUCAAGCUUGGACUCCUCCUUGGGACGGCAUGGGGUCCACUGUAGCGGAUGAUUUGUCCAAAAUCGCCAAUAUAAAGAUUAUGGAAACAGAUAAGCAUUCGAAACUAAUAUGUGAAACAUGCUAUCAGAAACUUCGAGAGGCCUGUAUAUUCACCACAUAUGUGUACAACAACGACAUCGUACUCAGACAGAGGUAUUCUGAACUAACCUCAAACUUGGACAAAGAAUGGCCCAAACCUAUACAAAUAACAAAUAUAAAUGGAACUGUUUUUGAAAGUUCAAUGAAUGUUGAAGUUAAACAAGAAGUGUUGUCAGAUGAAGAAUAUGGGAACAUUAAUGGGAUGGAGGAAGAUUAUCUAGACUUAGAAAUAAAAAUUGAACCUGAAGAAAUCAUGGCUCAAAAGCCAAUACAAAUAACUGCUGUUAAUGGAACGAUAAUUCACAAUUCAACUGAAAAUGUCGACAAAAUUACGAAUGGGACCAAUCAGCUACAUGAGCACAAAAAAUUUCAGAAACUAGAUUUUGAUGUGGAGAUAAAGGAAGAACCAUUAAGUGAAGAAGAGGAAACUGAUCCCUCCGGAGAUCUCUCGCUAGAGUGUAUGCUGUGCACAAAAUCUUUCAAUAGUGUUGCUGGAUUAAAGUCGCACGUAAUAACCCAACAUUCCUACAAGUCCGUGAAAAGAAAGACUGACAAUAACCCCUCGCCCCUGAAUAUGGACCACUUGCACAUGUGCACCGUGUGUAGACAGAGAUUUGCGACGUCAGCGGAGCUGCUGGAGCACGGGCGGAGCCACAGCCGGCCCGCGCCGCGCAAGCUGGAUGACGUCAAGCGGGUUAAGCUCCAACCUAAAGAAGAAGAAGAAAUAUUGAGAUGUAAAGAGUGCAACCAAGAGUUCUCUGAUCCAUUCUACUUGAGUGUCCAUAUGGAAGUCCAUCAGCCUAGUGAACCCGAGCCAGUGGAAGACCAACCUAAAACUAAGGAAAGUGAUAUUCAACCUUUACCCAUGGAGACACAGUCCUUAGAAGAUAUCUUCACUGAUACCACAUGAUAUACGGUUCACGUGAGAAUGUUAUAAUUAAUGCGAUUUUAAUUUUAAUGGACAAUCUCUUGGCUCAAAUAUUCAAAAGAAUUUUUAAGGAAACAAUUCCUCUUUGUGUCUAUAUCUCGCUUCGUUUUUUACACAGGGAAGAUGCGAACAUUUGAGGAUAUGCUUAUUUAAAAAUACUUGGGUAUUUUAGUGUCUGCCAAACGCGUAUUUGUGAUCAAAUUGUUAUCAACGUGCACUUAGUUGUGAUAAUGGAAUUUCAAGCUUAGAUAUAUUUAAAAAUAUUGUACCUCUCUCCAGUUAAAAACAUAUAUAAUAAUGUUUAUGUUGAAAGCUAAUUGUAAAACGUCAUACAUCCUGCUAAUAUUAUAAAUGCGAAAAUCUACUGAACCGAUUGUUAUGAAAUUUGAUAUAUAUUUAUAACAUGGAAUAACACGUAGGGUACUUUUUAUUCCGAAAUUCCCACGGGAGCGAAGCCCCGGGACGCAGCUAAUAUGUCAUAUUACUAGUAUUUACAACACACUAUAAUUUUAUUCGAAGAUGGCAAGUAAAUAACCUAUAAGGUGUUAUAUGGUACAGUCGCCCACUUAUCAUGGCAUAGGGGCGAAUUUUCAAUGAGUGAGUAGCUUGAUAUGCUGUCGACUGUACGCCCACUACUGUCUAUUGCAUCUUAUACGUGUUGUGCAUAUUUGAAUUGUUAUGAAUGAAUAUUUUUUAUGACCUCCGAGAGUAAUCGUAAUAUAAAGAGAAAAAUCUUGCACUAGUAAACAGUCAAACACGGGAAAAUCGCAGACUUUUUGUCCUUAUAUUCUCUUAUAUACAGUUUUGUUCAGAUGAAUUUGACGUUUUAAUGGCUACAGUGUAUGAAUCUCCUGAUCAAUAGAAUCUAAUUGAAUAAAAUGUCCAGAACCUGCCGGGUGCAAAGAACUUUUGGACAGAGUCUAAAAAACUGAAAUAAGCCGUGACGACUUAAUGGGGUUCUGUAUAUCAGUGGAAAUAGUCCUAUCCUAGAAACGUAUGUACAUGUUAAUUAGAACUUUUCCUAAAUAAACUAGUCUAGUAUGAAUAGAGAUAAGUCGUUCAUUUAUAAAAUAUUCAUUCAUUGUACAUUGUCACUUGUCGUGUAUGUAAAUAUGUUUUAGCUGAUUAUGAUAUAAAAUAUAUGUUGCGUUUAGCAAUCUGA